GCACGGCCCCGCCCCACAAUCGACCUCCUGCCUGUCUUGACUUUUGAGCACGGUGAGCCAGAGCUCCAACGCCGCCGCCCCGCUCCGCGCCGUCGUGCACCUGCUCCGCCUCGCCUCAUCGUGUCCGCGGCCGGCGAGCAGAUCGGCGGCGCGGUGAGCACGGUCCCCUCUUCUUCCUGAACUCGCCCUAGCCUGCUUCAGGCUUCCACCCCGUGCGGCCUCCUCGCGCGCACGGCCGGCCUCCAUCGCUGCUCGAAUCGAACUAAGGAACUGGUAUCAGGCUGUUGGUGAGAAUGGAACCAAAGCAUUCAGCUGAAAUGUCCAAGCAUUUGGACAAGCAAAAUCAAGCCCUAAUGGAAACUUACCGAGCAAUGUCCCACGAGUUGCAUAAAGUUCAGGUGGAAGAAGAAACAAUCAUGCGCAAGUUAUAUGAGCUGAUGUCUGCAGAAGGACUUCUUCCGAAGCGCAAGAAAGAAAGUCAAGCACAGAAAACUGGGAAAUCAACUCAGGAAAACAAAGAGCUUGAACCGUAGGAUGUAAACUGUGAAUAUUGAUACGAUACUCAUCUUGAUGCAAUUAACGAGUUGAGCUGAAGAAUCAGAUGGUUACUAUCUCCACGACAUCCUAUAUCCCCACACCUUGGAAUUUCCAAGUGAUGGAUUUACAGUAGAUAAUGUGUUCUAACUAUAGAUGUUAAGUGUGCUCCAGAGGCCAGAGCAAUGCAAAACGAACAAUUGAACCCUUGAAUCGAAUUGUUAUGUGAGGAGCCAACAGCUGGCUAGAAUCAGAAGUGUAUUUUUCAUCUGAGAUUUCUAUAUUUUCAUAGUAUUAGUUUUGCUGUAGUGCUAGUUGUUCCCGAUGUUUUGCUAUCUGAGUUAUAAAUUACGCGGACUUGUAUUCUUAUGAAGUCUGACUUUUUGUAUAAAAAAAUGCUUAACAUACCAAAGCACUGUAAUAUCGUCCUUGUACUUUUUCGCUUUUCUUCGAGCAUUUAUGGGAGAUAUAUAGCAUUCGAUUGUUACA